AUGGAAAACUUGUGCAGUGCCAAGUACGCUGCCCUCCCUGAGAGGCUUUACAUUCUGCAAGAGGGCAAAAUCAUUUAUAAGGGCAACAUGGGUCCCUGGGGCUACAAACCAGAAGAAGUGCGUUCUGUUCUUGAGAAUAAGACACUUUCUGGGUGUCAUCUCCAAUUCAACAGUCACAGAAGAAAAGCUCAGCACUAA